GAAUUCUGGGUUGCAGCGAGGAUGGCAGAAAUCCCAGACAUCAUGUCUCCUCCCUCCCCUUCUUCGUUUCUUUCACCCACGUUCGCCCCUUUUGAAAUUUUCACCCUGAAAGGAUUAAAAAAUGGAUGUGAAAAACGCAUACAUUAAGUAAGGACCUUCGCUGGGAUCAAGAAGAUCCUGUGGUGUGGAACAUGUAUGUUUAGAUGCAAAAGAAGAGGUUACCAAAAUAUGCAUUCAUUUGGAGAUUUGAGACUAGGAGAUGCAUUCUCGCCGCAGCUUACAUAUAAGCGAGGUGUGAGUUCAUUCAGUAUCGAAAGAGGUUUCAUUGGGAAGAGGGGGUAUUAUUUCAGGGAUUUUUUUACGCCCAACUCAAAAGAAUCACAAGAGUCUUUAAAAAGUAUUUUAAUAAAGGAAGCUUAUAUGGCACAAGAAAAGAGAGGAAGGAGUUGUGUGCCUGUGUAUUUACUCAUGAUCUUCAGUUGCUUUAGGUAGGUGAACCCCUUAGAGGACCUAUUUUGGCAUUAUUCAUUGUAUUCUAGAAAGAACACCGUCAUUAUUGGCUGUUGAAAAAAAAAAAAAGGUUUCUUUUUUUUAUUGGAAGGGAGACUAUCCAAUUUCCUCCUGAAUUAAACAAUGUAAUGCAUAUUAGACAGUUUUUUUAUUAUGAUACAUCUAGUAAGAAGAUAAAUAUCGUAGUCAAUCUUGCAAUUAAAUUAAGAUACUUUCCUUUUUAAUUGCAUUUAUUGCACAUUUUUAGGAGCAGCAAAUUAGCAGAGGACAACAUAUUUGAGAUCAUUUGGAGUUUGUGAUGUUUGAAAUACCACAUUAGUCGUUGUGUUGGAACUUACACCGAAACUUCAAGAUUUUACUUUUUAAUGAAUUCUCUGAGUGUAAUGACAUAAAUGAAAAUGUUUGAAAAAACUAAAGCCAUAUAAGGUGCCAUGUUGGAAAUCAUUUUGAGAACUUUACGAAAAGUGAUAUAGCUAUGAUUAAAUGAACUUUUUGUUUUGUCUCAAGUUGAAUUUAAUUUAGGUACUUUUAAACAUUUUGAUGCUGAGCUCCUGUGCAAUUUUAGUUUUCUGUGGGUCAUGUAAGAUGUAAAUAGCACUAUUUUUCAGCAGCUGAUGUUUGCAAUAUGUUUGCAUUUGGGAAAAUAAACGUGUCAGUCAUGGUUGUCUUCCUAUGUUUUUCAAGUUUUUGGCUAGUUAGAAUCUGAUUAUACCAUUUAAUCAUCUUUUAUAAAAUGUGAAAAAAAAACCUGUAGCUAUUUAUUAAACUGUGCAUGAUUAAGAUUUCAGAAACUGAAGUCAAAUUUUUCUGAAGUUCCAUUAGUUCCAAGCCUAUGGGGAAAAGGGAAAAUUUGUGAUUUAAUGAAAGAGUAUGUUUCAUGGUUCUCUUCAGGAAAGAUAUUAAGAUGGCAACAAAUACUUUGCACUUAAAUGGUAAGCUCCUGAAAAGUAGGCACCAUAUUAUAUUAAUUUCUCUGCACCCUUUACUUAGGACAGUGUUCAGAACAAAAUAAAACUCAACAAAUAUGUGCUGAAUAAAUGGUAUCGCCGGAUGGUGCAUCCAAUCUAGAGGUGCAUGUAUUCAGAAAUGAAAACUUUGUUAGAACUAAAUAUUUAUUAAGUGCCUACCAUGUGCCAGGCUGUACUCCAGUGUUUUACAUGAACUACCUUAUUAAAUCUUCCCACUCAUGCCGGUUUUUAGUCACCCUCAUUUUUAAAGAUAAGGAUUUUGAGGACUGAGAAGUUUCUAGAAGUAGCAUUGCUAGGAAGGGUAAGGGCUGGAAUACAAAGCCAGACAAUAUAGCAUCAGAGUCAUUGCUCUUCACCAUCACAAUAUGUUGCCUCACAUGGUCAGCAACUGAGAUGUGUAGGAGCCUAAAUAAAUAAAAUUUUGUGUCUGGAUCAAACCAACAUCUGACAGAGGAUGGCUGUAUGUUACUUGCAGCAUAUAAUAGCCUUAUGGAUAAACACCUGGCUGGGUAUUUUAACAAUACAAGGAUAAGGCGUCAUCUCUUAAGAUCAGGACUGAUCACAAGAAGUGGAAGAAUACUUUCUGAAAAAGAAUAUAAACUAAAUAUUAUGAAGCGGGAUCAUCAAAAAUAUAUCCGGGAGUGCUUAGCCCAGGCAAUUUUUCAUAAAGUUCUUGAUAUGGAGCGUUACCAUCAGCUUGAAAUAAAAAAGAAACUGGAGACCUUAGCUAGGAAGGAGCGAAUCCAGAUGUUUAAGGGAGAGCACACAAGAAGGUCUGUUGAAAAUAACAUGCCAAUCCUAUCUCCCCACCCACCAGCCGGCCCAAAGACUAAUCGUGGCCAUAGUGUUCUGAUUGAUGAAGGACAUUCCAGUCCAUUAGCACUGACAGCCCCUCGACCAUAUACUGCUCCAGGAAAUAUGCAGCCUCCAAUUCGAUUACAGCCUCUUCCCAGUCACCCUGCAGUAGAAACUGUUCCAAAGGUAACUUCGAGGUCCAGAUCAAAAACCUCAUUGCUGGAAAAUGAAGCUCUGUUUCCCAUUGGGGGCAAGAAGGCAGUGAUGAAGUUCAGGAACUCCAUAGGCAAUUCACAGAGAAUGAAUUCAUAUCAACUUCCAAACAUUAACAGUUACAUGAUGCCUAUUCCUCCUCCACCACCCCCAAAUGGGAAAAUCACAAGAGAAAAUAGAUCUGAAACAUGGAGAAGGAGAAGAUUUCGUCCAACCACUGCUCCAAAUGGCUUAGAACCUCUUUUGACCAGGGAUUCAAGAAGGAUUCAUAAAACAUCCUUGCAUAGUAAUGCAGCUAUUACAAUGAUCUAUUUGGGGAAAAAUGUGCACCUAUCUUCUGAUAAUCCUGACUUCCGGGAUGAAAUUAAAGUUUAUCAACAGCACUGUGGUGGGGAAAACCUUUGUGUCUACAAAGGCAAACUACUUGAAAAAGAGACCUUUCAGUUUAUUUCCAAAAGGCAUCAUGGUUUCCCCUUCAGUCUCACCUUUUUCCUGAAUGGGAUGCAGGUGAACAGGUUAAGCUCCUGUUGUGAAUACAAGCAUCGAAAAGGUUCCAGGCUCGGAGGCAAACGAGGCUACUUUGGGUUUGUGUGUGUUGAGAGAUCAUCUCCUUGCUACAAGUGCAUUAUUGCAAUGGGCCUUGACAAAAAAACGUCUUUGCCAAAAUCUAGGAAAGAAAAGAGCACUGAGAAAGGAGAGGACCUGAAGAAGGCUGAGGGGAAAAUGAGGCAAGAGAGGGAGUAUGUGAUACCAAAAAGAAAUGAGAUCAAGGAGAACCAAUCCUCUGUCUCAGCCAAAUUUUCAGCUCAAGAAAUAAAAACAGGGCUCAAAGAAGUUAUAACUGCUGUGGAGGAAAUGACAAGUAAAGGAAAACCAGGACACGAUGUCUGGGAAGACGACCAGGAAAAUACUUUAAAAUAUGAGUACGAAGAAGAUUUUGAAGUAGAUGAGGAGAAACAAGGUGAAAAAGCUAAUGAAGAAGGACAGGCCGAUGUUCAAAUGAAUGGAAUACCACAGUCACCUUUGGAUGAUAAAAGAGAUAAUUUAGACCCUGAAAAAGAGAAUGAAACCUCAUCACAGAAGGCACCAGAUGCCCAUGACAAUGUGAAAGAUGAGAAUGAUGGAUGCUCUGAGAGUGAACUGGAAGAGGAUAAACCAGAUAUGAAAACUGCUUCAUCAACCUCAUCCAGAAGUCACCCUUAUUCUAGUGACAGUGAGGAUGAAUCUGCAGUGGGGGACAGGGAAGCCCAUGCUGACAGCAGCACAGAGGAAAGUGCCAGAAGUUCAUCUUCUCAGGAGCUAAGUGAAAAUGAUGAGCCAAGAAAGUCCCACCUUCCAAUUGAGGAAUCCUUAGACAUUGAAAUUGAAGACCAAGAAAUAACAAAAGCAGAUGUGGAGGCCAAGCCAAUGCCAAUAGAGGAAAGCUUUGAGAAUGUUCUUAAAGAAGGAACGGAGAAAGGAACCCAAGGGAUUGCAGAGGGUUUAUCUGAGAAGUCCGGAAAACAUGUUUCUGCAGAAGAAAAGGAAAAGGAUAAAAGUAAGCUUUGGGAAGAAAGCACUGCUCAGGUGAAGGACAAAAAGGCAGGUCUCCCUGGGGUGGAGGAAGGUGCUGGACAGAUAACAGCAGAAGUCUUGGCAUCGGACUACCACUGCCACUAUGAUGCUGAGUCUGGUGUCAGCAGUGAAGAUGACGGUGGGAAGCCACCGAGGAAGCUAGAGGUUGACACAAGUGGCGGAAAGGAUUCAUUUCCAUUAGCCUAUGACCUGGCUCUUGGUGCGCCAAGAAUGAAUUUAGUGGUGGAUGAAACAGCAGCAAUUAACUCAAACAAGGAAUCCCAGCAAUUGGCCCAAGAAACAUAUACACUGGAGAAGAAAGGAGCAAAGGAGGAAUAUGAAGGGCCCCAGCACAGAGAUGCUGACAUAGUACAGGGAAAAGGGGAGGCAGCCCUGUGGGGAGAAGCAGGAGUUGUUCACAAGGCUCCCUUGAGGGCAUGGAAGCCAACAGCAGAGCAGUCAGAGUUGGCAGAAGAGUUUACAGAAAAAGGGGAGAUCCCUCCAGGCAUAGAAAGGAGGGCAGAGGCAGCAGCAGAAGCAGAAGGGGCCAGAAGGCUGGGUGAAGCAUGCUCAGAUCCCGUAGGACAAGCAGCAGCAAAAGAUACUAUGGGUCUGAGUAAAGAUAAGGCUCCCGAAAAGCAGGCUUUGAUGCUCACAGUGCUUGAGACAGACAAGGCAGCUUUUGAAGGGGAACAGGGUUUGAAGAAGGCAGUGCUUGCAAAUAAAGCAGCAACUCUGAACUCGGAGGAUCUUCAGGAGGCAGCAGCCCUAAGAGAGGCAGCGACAUCGGAGGAGGGAGAGGCUGAGGGUGGGGUGGCUGUGAAUGAUGUCAGGGAAAGUGAAGAGGAAGCAUCCAUAGACCUAGAGGACACGGGACCCAUGGAGGACACAGCACCAAAGAGAGAGGAUGGUUCUGAAGAGGCAAUUCCUGGGGGAGAGGAACCAGCCAAAGAAAGAAAGGAGGUUAUGAGAACAGAAACAGCCUUGAGCCCCGUCACAGGAGAGGCAGAGGCAAGCCGGAUGCGGGUUUCAGAGGGCAGUCCUGAAGACCUUUGCCAGGAAGAUGUGGAAGGGGAACAGAUGGUGACUGAGGCAGAAGCUAAUAGGGAAGAUGAUAGGAAAGAAAUUUUACCCAAGGAAUUAGAUGUAGCAGGAGAGCGAAAGAAAGCUGAGAGGCCAAAAACACCUCUGAGGAAAACUGACUCUGAGAGAGAAGAGGUGACAAGGGUAAAUGCACUCAAGGAUGAAGACGCUUUUAAAGAAGAGCAAAAACUUAGAGCAGAAGAGGGGAAAACAGAGACGGAAGUAAGAUCUGAGGAAGAGACAAAAGCCCCCCCAAAUGAAAUGGGAUCUGAUGCUGAGAACGAGGCACCUGUGGAGGCAUCUGAGUUGUCUGACAAUCCAGGGAUUCUAGGAGAAGAUUCACUAAAAGACACAGUGGUUCCCAUAUUUGAAGCAACGCCUGGAUUUGAAAAGUCGCUGGAAAACAUAACAGCUUUGAGGAAAGAAGGAGGAGGAGAAAGACUGAGUGAAGCCAGAGACACAAAGCACAAAGACAGAGAAGAGCUGUCGAGCAGGGAGAAUAGGGCUCUGGAAGAGAGGCCCCGCCAGGUUGCAGAGGGGCCCUUGGCAGCUCCUGAAGGUGAGCCAGCAGGAAAGGUGCAGGCCCCUGAGGGGUUGAUCCCAGCCACAGGCCAGGCAGAGGAGCUGGCAGCCAAAGAUCACGACUCCUGCGCAGGACUGGAGGGGAGGGCUGAAGGACAAGGAGGAGCAGAUGUCAUGCUAAGGACCCAGGAAGCUGCUCCUGAGGAAGAUCCCAUGACGGCAGAAAAGUUCAGGCAGGAAGCGAUGGGUGAGGACCCAGAGAAGGAAGAGGACAAAGAGUGUACUCUGGGGACAGAAGCGAUGCGGGACAGGAACUCGGAAGGGGACGGGGCCGUGGAAGGCGGAGGAAACACAGAAAAGAAUGAGGGCAUGAGAGGAGGAAGGGUUGUGGCUGAGGAAGAUCUACAUGGAGGUAGGGAAACGGCAGAAACAGCUGCAGAGGAGAGGGAGGUGUUGGCAGGUUCGGAGACAGCUGAGGAGAAAACAAUAACAAAUAAAGCCUCCCCCUUUUCAGAUGUUGCUGAGGAAGAAACCUGGCACCAAAAGGAUGAGUUAGUAGGAAAAACAGCAGCUGCAGGGAGGGUGGUGGUAGAGGAAUUAGCACGGAAUGAGGAGGAAGUGCCUGCAGUAGAGGAGAUGACAGUGACAUGUACAACAGAGACUGGGGUGGGCACUCCACGAGUCCUGGAAGGCAAGACCUCAGGGCUAGGACAGGAGCAAGAAGGAGGGUCAGAGGGCCAGGAGGCAGCCACUGGGAGAGGCGAUGGGAGGCAGGAGUCGGGAGCAGCUGAAAAAUUCCGAUUAGGAUUAUCACGGGAGGGAGCGAGGGAAGUGAGUCCAGAGAGUCUACAGACGAUGGCAGCACUUCCUGUGAAGCCUGAUUUCACUGCAACCCAAGAGAAGCAACAGCAUAUGGUGCAAGGAGAAAGCGAGACUGCAGAUGUUUCUCCCCAAAACAUGCAGGCCUAAGAGACUUGCUGGCAGACGAAUAAUUUAAAGAUGUCUUCUGGAAGAUGUAAAGAGUGGAGAAAGAUUCACCCAAGCAUCUCACCAGGAUUCUUGAUUUUUUCUCUCUCUUCUUUUUAGUUGCUGGUUGCGCUUGUCUGAGAUGAUUCCCAAUCUGUCAGCCCUGGUCAGUAGCUCAGUAAGCACCUUGAGAAUAGCUCAAGUGGAUCUGUAGGACCCUUAUUAGGAGCAGUGGUUCCUCAGAGAGAAACUUGUGAGGCUGUUACACAUUCUACACACCUAACAUUUUCAAAUGAAAAUGAUAAUUUUCAAAUGUUUGACUUUUACCAAAGAUCACUGGAAGGCCCAGUUUGUAAUGUUAGGGGUUUGUUUAAAGUCGUUUUUAUUUUACAAUACAGAGCCCCAAUCAAUUCCACAAUCUCAAUUUCAUACAUGGGACUUUUACUUAAAAUCUGUGGUUUGGGGCUUUAAUGAAUUGGCCUGUGAAAAUGAGCUCUAAAGGUCCUCCCACGCACACUCAAAACUAAAAUUGCUCCAAAUCUCUAAGUUCUUCCAGCAAAAGAUUUAUUGGCAUGUAUAUUCACUUAUACUUAGAAAUAGUCGUUCUUUUAAUUUAUGCCAGAAUAACAAAGUGAAAAUCUUAUUUCAAAAUGUUCUUUGUUUUUGUGUGUGUGUGUGUUUCUGUAGUUCUGCUUUCUGGGGUAGACUAGUAAAGGGGUAGCCUCCAGCAUUUUGUCCCUGGGGCCUUAUUUAUAGGGCCACUCAGAUUUAAAUAAAAGUAGUAAAUAAUUUAGCUAAGUGGAAUAAGUAUAAUAAUUAUAGCGGUAGGCAUAGCAUAUCAGCAUUAUGCCAACAUUCUAGACUCUUUAGUUGAUGUUAUUAAAUGUAAAAGAAACUUGGAUUAAAUGGGUGUACUGUUCACCUUCCCAAGUUCUGUUAUUUCAAACCUGUGAACUAACCUUGCAGUUCAUUAUAAAUCAACAGUCGCAAUUGCAUUCUGAAUUACUCCCUGAUAUUAUUUUCUAGUUGUGUAUCAGCCUGCCUCCUAGGGGUUUUCAGUUCCUUGAAGACAUAACCAGUGCCCCAGAGGGCAUGUAUUUAUCUACCAUUUCUCUAUGUAAGAAGGUAAAAAAAAUUUCCUUAAGCAGUGAUUUUCCAGCAAGAAUAUACAUUAGAUUUUCAUAGGACACUUUUAUAAAUGACUCAACCCUUUUACCCACCCCAGAGAUUCAGAUUUAAUUCAUUUUAGAUGGAUCUAUGCAUCAGUAUAUCUAUUUUUAACUUUUCACUUGAUUCUUCUAUGUAGCCAAGGUUGAGAACCACUGCUCUAAAUCAUCAUAUAAUCCAUGCUGGCCACACUACACUCAAGGUCCCUAGGGACCAGUCAUAUUAUCAUAAUAAGUAUUUUCCAUUUUAAUGUGUAAUGGAGUCAUUCAAUGAUCAAAAAUACACUGGGCCAGAUAGUAGACUGGUCCCUUGAUCAGAAGGAUCAGCACACCAGCAUUACCUGGAAAUUGUUCCAAGCCUCUGUCUCCUACCUACUAAAUUAGAAACUCUUGGUUGGGUCCAGUAACCCAUAGCUUAACAAGUCCUCCAGGUAAUACUGAUGUACACUGAUGUCUGAAAACUGCUGUCAUGGACUAUUGAUUGUAUUGAGGAUUAGUCUCAGUUGGAAAGUCAACUACAGAGGCAUUUUGAACUUUCUUUCUUGGCCUCUCUAUGUCUAUCUUUUCCUGUCUUUUCAUUUAUCUGUCUCUUUCUCUAGUAAAUGGCACUCAAUAUAAAAGUGGUAAAGUCAAUCUUAAACUUAUUUUUAUUAUGAUUUUAUGGAUACAUGCACGAAGUCCCUCUGCCCUACUCCCUAUUAAAGGAUAUUACUCACUGCACAUCAUAAAUCUCCAUCAUCUGUCUUAAAGUUUUAUGAGUAGAUUUCAACUACAUUAUAUUCAAGUUCAUUUAUUCCUGAGCUGUAUUACUGUGGAGCUCUAACAGUAUUUGUUUCCUGAUUUCAACCUCAAUGCUACAGAGCACUUUGAAUACGUCGCACCUUAUGGGAAAGAUAGUAAACUUAUUAAUCCCUUUGAAAAAUUAGUUUUGUACAAUGUGCUAAGUGGUAAUUGCUUUGGAUUACUUUUAUAUUUAACAUACUCCAUCAAAACAUCCCAUAACAUAAUUCUACAAUCUGCAUGUGAAUUUGACUGUGAAAUUCAGUAUUGUGAUAUUUUGAAUAAGUUAAUUCUUUCUCUGCAAAUGCUAUGCUGAUAAAAUUACUUGUAUGUUCACCUGAAAUGAUUUGUUUCCUGUUUCUUCAUUAUUAAAACAUAAAUCAAUCAUACAUUUACAGAUA